CAUGAGGAUAAAUAAUGCACAUGCACGUCGCGUGUUCGUGCGAGCUGCUUUCCCCUCUGUUUACUCCACCGCGUGUCCUCCCGGCGUUAUAUUUUUAGAGGAAGCUCUCCAUGUUUGCCGAUAUUUAAAUGAAUGAACGCUCCGGUGCGCGUGGAAGGAAAGCGCCGCAGAUAAUAGGACGGAGUGAAGCGCCUCCCCUUUAAACGCUUUGACUUUCUCUUUAUCUCCGAGCUCCGCGCACUCGCUCCCCACUCACUUGGACCUUUGCCUUCGCUCCUUGCAGGAUCCCCCGCUGCAUGUAUACACCCCCUCACGCUCGGAUCAUUGUUUCUGUUUUUUUUUUUCUCCCCUCCCCAACCCGAUUUUGACUCAAACGCGUGGAAGUUGUUUCGUGGGCGGAGACGAGGGAAGACGGAAUGAAGCGUGCAAAGUGGCUGAGGGGCUGAGCACAUAAACACGCACACACUGGCCGCGCCGUACUGAGGAUUGGAAGAAGAGCCGCUAUGGCCAAGUGGCUCAAAGACUACCUGAGUUUCGGCAGCAGAAAAGUCCCUCCGCAGCCUCCCACGCCGGACUACACCGAAAGCGAGAUCCUAAAAGCCUAUCGCCUCCAAAGGGAGUUGGACUUUGAAGAUCCGUACGAGGAUUCAGAAAACAGACACAGGGCUGAAUCCUCGGAGCCCGCCACCCCCGUGUACGGCUCACCCAUGAAGUCCUCGAGCACUGAUGUGAAAUCUCCCAAACACAGACUCAUCAAAGUGGACUCCCAAGACCUGGGGCGCACCAAGAUCCUGCUCAGUGCCAUUUCUUUAGAUGACCAGCAAGAACCUGCUGUGCCGUCUGCUCCUCUGGCAGGGGAGACUGAUUAUUCAGACCCAUUUGAUGUUCGAUUGGGCCAUCGACCAGAACCAGAUGCAAGACCAGUUCCUGCUGAGAACAAUGGCUACAUGGAACCUUAUGAGGCCCAGCGAGUCAUAACAGAGCUACAGCGUGGUCCGGGAGGAGGACGGGCACGGGGCGCGUUGCAGCUGUAUGACACCCCUUAUGAAGAUGGGCGAGCCCAACGUCCAGGCUUCAUGUCUGGAGAAGCACAGGAGGAGGGCAAGGAGGGCAGCAGGCUGCCCCAAGAUGACGAGAGGCCGGCGGAUGAGUAUGACCAACCCUGGGAAUGGAAGAAAGAUCACAUCUCCAAAGCUUUUGCAGUCCAGUUCGACGGGCCCGAAUGGGAUCGCUCAUCACCUACUGAGCGCUUGCGUCCUCCGGGCCCCCGGUCCAGCCCGCUGGUGGGCGGGGCGGUGAAAUUUCGAAUGCCCCAGGAGGGCCUCACCAUGGUGGGAGAGAGGGUGGACCCCGCACAGCCUUUGGAGAAACAAGUGUGGUAUCACGGUUCACUUUCUCGGUCCGAAGCGGAGUCGCUGCUCACAUUGAGUAAAGAGUGUAGCUACCUGGUGAGGAACAGUCAGACCAAUCGAUGUGACUAUUCGCUGUCUCUACGGAGCUGCCAGGGCUUCAUGCACAUCAAGUUUACGCAGUGCAAGGACGCCAAGUACGUGCUGGGACACAACAGCCCGGCGUUCGACUCCAUCCCCGAGCUGGUGCACUUCUACACCACGCACAAGCUCCCCAUCCGUGGUGCUGAGCACCUGUCGCUGCUCUUCCCCGUACUGGUGCAGACUCUCUGACUUUUCAAAGUUUUUGUUGAGAAACUUCCAGCUCAUUCGUUCAGGUUAUUUUUGGACGACUGGACCUUUCACCGCUGUUCUACUUGUGCCAAGCGUCACUAAAAUCCAAGGCGAUGGAUUCGCAGAGAAGGCAGUACAUGAUCUCCUUUCUCUCCCUCUCGCUGUCAUAUCUGCGCUGAACCAAGGUUGACGGACUUCAGGACAUCAUAAAUUCUCAUUUUCUCUUUUUUUCUUCUUCUUCUUCUUUUUCGGCCACGUGUCUGUCAGAGCUGAGGAAGUCAGUUGCACCUCAAGAGAAAGUCAGGAUUUGCCAAUGUUCUGUUUGGGGAAGGCUGACCAAAGAUUGAGAUUCAAUUCAAUUACUGCUGUUUAUCCUAAAAAAAAAUCCUCAUUAACACUUGGUAAAUAUUCCUCUUGUCAGAUUUUUCACAUUUGUAUUAGGAUCAAUAAAUGGAACCAUAGAG